UUGUAUAUUUAUUUAUCUGGGAAAGCAAAAUUGGUGUGGUGUGUUUGUGUGGGAGUGGAGGCGAGGGAGAGAGAGAGAGAGAGAGAGAGAGAGUUGACUGAGAAUCUGUUUAAUUGAUGGGGGAAGGGAGAGAAGGGGAUUGGGAGUGCAGUGGUUGCAACAACAGAAACUACGCUUUCAGAUCAUUCUGCAAUCGAUGCAAGCAACCUCGCCUCCUCGUUGAUACCAAAACCCCCGCUGAUUCAAAGUGGCUCCCUCGUAUUGGCGAUUGGAUCUGCACCGGUUGCACUAACAACAAUUAUGCAUCAAGAGAGAAGUGCAAGAAGUGCGGACAACCAAAGGAGGUUGCAGCCAUGCCAGCUAUUGCAAUGACCGGAGCAUCUUUCCCCACUUAUUCACAUUAUUUUUCCAGGGGCCCCGGAGGACCAGAACAAAAGAUGAAUAUUGGAUUGAUUGGCAAUGGUGUGCCAUCGCAGUCACUGCAUUUAAACUCCAAUUGGCCUGUUACAGGAGCAGAUAAGUAUGGUGUCCAGCCAGUUUCCUUAUGGCUACCAGGUGGAAAUUAUAGCUCUGGACAUCCUCAUGAAAAUUCCACCAGUCAGAACCUAUCUGUUCCAAAGGGAUGGCGCAAUGGGGACUGGAUCUGUAACUGUGGCUUCCACAAUUACUCAUCACGCUCUCAGUGUAAAAAAUGCAAAGCUUUUCCACCUGCACUUGGGACAAAACGGUUAGCUUCUGAAGAGUUAGUUUAUGACUGGGACAACAAGAGAUUGAAUGUAGGAACUACAAAUGAUCAGCAGCAAACAUAUACAAGUUUAGAGCAAGUGGUAGGGACAAGUGCAGAUCCAAAACCUGGUGUCUUCCCCUCUUAUCCCAGCAUAAACUCAGGUACAGAACAAAAUUUGCCAAUGACCACACUGCUUCCACCUCAAAUUUCGACACCUGCACUCCUUGGAAAAGGAGCAAAGCAAUGGCGUAGUGGAGAUUGGAUGUGCACAAAUUGCAACAAUCACAAUUAUGCUUCCAGACUACAGUGUAACAGGUGUAAAACUCAAAGAAUGGCACCCAUGCAACCCGUUAAUGUCGUGUAAUGUUGAAUUCAUUUGUUAAAUUGAUGUCACGUGCCCUAGUUUUGGCUGAGUUUUGUUUUGAUUUUCAAGCAUGUAUUUGCCAACCAAACGUUAAUAUUCUGGACAGGCUCAUUAUUUGCAUGAGACAUAAGUGGUUUAUACUUGGUGCAUUGUAUUUUUGAGUUUCUGAGAGGUGUAUGCUUAUUAUAAACAUUAUGUUUAAUAUAGGGAGUUGUGGGUGAGUUGUGAUUAUUCAGC